AUGCUCAUCUUCAAACUCGCCAUCAUCUCAAUGCUUGGAGCCGUCGCCAUGGGGCUAUCGUGCCACUCCCUCGACCGCUACACCAACGUCGUUGAUGUCAAACACCAUCAGCGCUUCUGCUACAGUAUUUAUAAUCCGGCCGAGUCUUCAUCGGCACACGGCGGACAGUCCAUCCACCCAUCCCGUGCUGCAAAAAUGUGGCAUGUCACCAGCAACAAGGACUGCGAACUCCAGAAGAUGAACGCAUUCGGAGAGAAGUACAACGUCUACGUCUGCACUUGUUUUGCAAACAUGUGCAAUUAUCCGUUCAGCUAUUAUGAGUUCAAGGCCCGCAACUACACCAUCGCCCCGGACUACUACAACCUCGUCAAUGGAGCUCUCCUCUAA